GGUCUCACAUUACAUAAACAUAACCUACAAGUCCAAUUUCUUUAUAUUUAUAAUAGUAAAUUUAAAUGGAAUAAGACUAUAAAAAUGAAUUCUUUACCUCGAAGCCUAAUUGGUACUCUACUUAAAACUAAAAUAUCUUCCACCAAUUACGUUCGGAACUUCUCAGCAGUGCCCGGUGUGGACAGUGAACCUACAAAUAAUACUAAAGAACCGGAUAAGUUAUACAAACUUGUGGAGUUGGAGUUACGAGGCAACGAACCUGCUGUUCUGAAAAGCUUCGUGAAAUUCGCAACGACCGCAGCUAAUCAUUUAAAUGUGGAAUGCAAAAGUUGGAAUAUGAGGAAACCAAUUCAUGAACGCUACACUGUUUUAAAAGCUGCUCAUAUUUACAAAAAGCAUAGGGUGCAAUAUGAAACUAGAACUUAUUACAAUUUUAUACAAUGUAAACGUUUAACAGGAUCCACUGCAGAUACAUUGCUAGAAUAUAUCGAGAGGAAUUUACCGGAAGGUGUCGCACUUAAGGCAACAAAGAUUGAGAUACAGCGACUGCCAGAUUAUUUCAAACCUCCUGAAGUAGAAGUUAAGGCUAAUAAUACUUCGUAGUAAUUUAAGUUAGCAAGCUUUACAAUUAAAAAAAAUGUUUCAAACA